AUGGAAAGAAGGCAGAGGGCAGGGGAAGCAGGAGGACUGGAGAGGUUCUUCCUGGGCCCAGGUGAAAACCUGACCUCUUGCUGUGGCCUCAGCCACUGGGGAGUCUGGGCCCAGCGAACGGGAGACCGUCCUGGACAGCUCUCAUCCACCCCUCCCACCACAACCUUCCUCCCCGGGCUGGGACCGCGCAGGGCUGUGGCACGCGCAGCAGCCUCAAGUCACUGGAGUCAUCGCAGCACCUUCUCGGCAAAGCCACCUUUUUCAGAGCAAAAGCUAGACCUGCAGCCAGAACCUGCCUUCACGUUCCUGUUUACACUUCUGAACGCACCCGGAGGCUCUGAAUCGGACUCGGAGAUCCAGGAGAACCUGUUCCUUGAUCAGGAAGACUGGGGCCCCCACCGGACCUCAAAGGAGAUGAGGAAUCUGCAGAAUGAUUGCAGGAGGCUUCGGGAGGCACUCAUCACUACCCAAGCGGACAACCUGACCUUGGGGGAGAAGCUACAAAACCUGCCCACCUUGCUGUACCAGACCCUGCGGAGGGAAACAGGCCUGGCAGGAGGGAGCCCCACCCUGCAGGCUCCACCGUUCCCGCCCAUCACCAGUGGCAGGCCGAGCCCUCCCACAAGCACACCUUUUUCUACAGCCUCCCCUCCCCCAGAAGGCAGUGCUGCUGGGCCUGCCGUCCCACCUCCCCGCCACAUAUACAGUAACCAAAGUCAGACCUGGGAGGGCCAAAGACUGGGCACUUUGUCAGAAGCCACGUAAUCGGCC